UGCAGUCUUCUGACGCUCUCAUUCCGCCAUCACCGGCCGCUGCACCGGUUACCAGGAGGCUACUCACCAUGCACCGACUGCUGCUCGUGAUUCUGGCCGCCGCCGGGACGUCUGUGCUCGGUGUGCCGGAGGGCUCCCGGGCGGCCGGUCCGUGCCUCGCCCCGCUUCAGUGGGAGGGCCGCUGGGUUCUGUACGACCACGGUACCGGCAGGAACAACCGGGCCGCGGUGUCCUACGACGGCCUGAACCGGAGGAUCCGAGUCCUGCAGCAGCACAAGAAGCACACCCCGUGUCAGAGGUUUUUUGAGUACAUCUACUUGUACCAGAACAUGGUGAUGUUCCAGAUCGACCAGAAGACCAAAGAGUGCUCAAAGGUCGCUCUGACGGACACCUGGGAUCCCUUCGACAUCCCCGAUAACUCCACCUUCGAGGACCAGUACUUCAUCGGUGGACCCGGGGACAGCAUGGAGGUCCAGGAGUGGUCUGACAGGAAGCCGGCUCGCCAGCAUGAGACCUGGGUGGGCGUCUACACCCUGAAGGACUGCUACCCGGUGCAGGAGACCUACAUCCGCAACAGCAGCGUCACCACCUCCACCCGCUUCUUCAACCUCCAGCUGGGCAUCAGCGACCCCGACGUCUUCACACCGCCCAGCACCUGUCAGGCAGCCCGGCCCGACAGGAUGGCCGACUGCUGAGGCCUCGUCCAGACCUCCCCUCUGACCUGAGAGGCAUUUAACACUGUCUAGAUAGUGAAGCAGUAAACUGAGAUUUUAGUAGUGGAGGACACAAAACGACAAAAAUCAGACAGAAAUUGACAGAAACAAGACACAAAAUGACAAAAACAAGACAGAAAAUGACAGAAACAAGACACAAAGUGCUAAAAACAAGACAGAAUGACAAAAGCAAGACACAAAACGACAAAAACUAGACAGAAAACGACCAAGAUUAGACAAAAUGACAAAAACAAGACAGAAAAUGACAAAAACAAGACAGAAAACGAUAAAAAGGUCAAAGGUCAAAAACAAGACAGAAUUCAGUAAACUGAGAUUUUAGUAGUAGAAGAGGUACUCUUUACUGAUGUAGAAGUACUAGAAUCACAGUUUCUCUGCUACAAGUCCUGCAUUUAAUCAUGCUAAAAUAAAAGUGCAAAAAUAUCAAUAAAAGAUAAUAAACAUUUUUAAAGUAAGAGCUCUGCUGCCUGUGACUGACGUACUGCUAGUUUAGUUCCCAGCGUUUGGGUGGUUACCAGAUAAACCUGACUGACUGUCAGGUUGUUGACGUUUUCUGACUUUUUCUUACAAACUUUUUUCAAUCUUCUUGUAAAAUUCUGGAUUAUUACUUUAAAAAAUACCAUUCUAGUAGCCUAGCCACGCUUAGACCCAGCUCUGAAGACGCAGGGGUCUACUUACCCUCGGUAAGCCUCGAGGUUGGAUGCUCCUAAAACUGGCCGACGAAUCACCAUGAAGUGUAGACUCAGAAGGCGGGCGUAACUAAGUGACGACAGAGGCGCGACGAUUCUGACAGAAACAACCGGAAACAACUAGCCUAGCCGCGCUAGACAACACACGGCAACGAAUUUAAUUCUCUGCCAGGGUCGACAACAAAAACGACAACAGUCGUUGAGCUCCAUUAGCACCGACUCUGAAUAAUCUUUCUGUUAACAUGUCUGUAAUAUACUUGAGCUUCACCCAUUGACUGUAUAAAUAAGGCUUCACCGAACUCCCGCAUCCUCUGAUUUCCAGCGCUCUAGGAACUCCGUCAGCCUAUUCGUUGUGCUGAUUGGUUGUAUACCUACCCAAUUGCUGCAGAGUGAUUUGAAAGACAACCUUUUAGCCCGCCUCCCUCCCUGUCGAGCGUUCCUAGACCCUUGCGUCUUCAGAGCUGGGUCUAGCGCGGCUAGGCUACCAUUCUAGAGGCUUUAAAGGAAAAUCAUGUAACACUGGAACCAAACUAGAUGCUGCUUUCUUUGUAACUUCAUCAAUGUGUUGUCUUUUACAAGCUUUUCAUGUCAUUUUAUUUGUGAAUCUGAAAAGUAACUCCCACUGAAAAUACAGUGGAGAACAAAUGUUGUGGAAUUAAAGUUUAAAAUAGCAUAAAUGGAGACACUCAGAACAAUUACCUGGAAGCUGGAUUUAAGCACAAUACUUGAGUUAAUGCACUCAGUUACUUCUCACCAUUGGAUUUCAGACAUUUAAAAUCUUCAUUUGCAGCCUUACAAUACUAUAAAUUCUCAGGUAUUUUAAUUUAGGAUUAGCAAAAAAAAAAAAAAAAAAAAUGAAAUACAUACACUGAUGAGACUGUGUGGAGGGCAACAAGUCACAGAAGAUAACUUAAGUUUCAUGGGGAGAAACUAGGGAAGCAGUGUAUUAAAGAAUUGUUUGUUAAUUUGCUAAGAACUGAGUUUCCAGGAACAGCGAGGCCUGCUAGCUGCCAGAUAGCAGCAGAUAGUACCAAACACCGACUUAGGAUCCCUAAACAGUUCACUUAAAGGCUUAAAAAAUCAUUUAAAAAAUAAAAUGUGACUUUUAGUGUUGUUCUCUCUUCACUCGUCACUGUUACCAACUGAUAAAUUAUUUCCUCCAAGCUGCUAGCUUACAGUGAGCAGUUAGCUUUCAGCUGCAACAUAAAGUAGCUCACAGACGAUAGCUCCAGAUGGUGAUUUGGGACUCCUAAAUGGUUAAUUUUAAUCUUGAAACAUGACUUUAAGUGUGUUAAGUGCACUCUUCAUUGUAACCAACUGAUAAAUUUUCUUUCCAAGCUGCUAGCUUAUGUCGAGUAGUUAACUUUCAGCUAGCAUACUGGCAUGUAGCUUCCUGACUACAUGCUAAGAACAAGUAUUUGCUGAUAUUUUCGCUCAUGACAGAAAGUUUUAGGUUAACUUCAAGCUGAAAAAGUGACUUUAAGUGUUGCUACCAGUUGAUGAGUUAUCAUUUUCAAGCUGCUAGCUUACAUGAAGCAGCAAGCUUUCAGCUAGCAUAUUAGCAUUAGUAUUCUGACUACAUGCCAGUAUUAGCAUUUGCUAAGUGUGUUUUCCUCAUGGCAGGCAGUUUAAUAAGUCUAUAUAGUCUAUAAUAUAAUCAAAUAAAGUGCCUCGUACGCAUGAGGAGACACAAUGAGCAACUUUCCACUGCAGGAACUUGAAGGUGAUUUUAAGUUGACCUGAACAUUUGUGUGGGUUCUGAAUGCAAGAGCCGCUACUGGAGAACCCUCUGUCUGUAAAGAAAAUACCAGCUGAGGGUUAGGUCCAUCUAAGUGGCCCUGAUAAACUGCUACUCGAUGCCGAUUGUCUAAACUCACAGGUGACAGCAAGCAUUCUGCCAUCUUUAUGCCUUUGUUAACUAUUCUUUGUGUAACAUCGCUAUAUUUUACGUUAACAAACCUUCAACGUUCAGUCGUCAGACAGCGUAAGGCAUAAACAGAUGGCACUCUUCAGCCAUGCUAAUGCUAAUGUUUAUUUCCACUUUUAAAAACCAAAAAGCAGCUAAGCCUGUCUGCAAAGUAAGACGAUUUCACAGUUUCAUGCUGAGUGGUACGAUAGACUGUACUAUGAAGUAUGCAGAAAAUGCUGCAUCAGUAGUAAUACUUGGUUUCAAAUACAACUGAUUUAGUUGCAGUUCAAAGGUUUAGUUGAAUUGUCUGUGGAAAAUCUAUAGACAACAUAAAAAUGCAUUUUUAAUAUGCAAAUGAACUUUGCACAAGUUUAUUAUUUCAUAGAAAGUUUGAUAUAGGCUGAGCUUUGGAUUUAGUUGAACUUGUUGUGCAUUUGACCCACAUUAUUUAAACAGUAAUACACAUCAUGUAAACAGUAAUGCACUGUUUAAAUAAUGUGGGUCAAAUGCACAUUAUUUAAACAGUAAUACACUGUACUUACCCCAGUGUGAGGGAUGUUCUCAGCCUGGACACCAAUAAAAAUGUAACUUUCAUGCAGUUUCUCGUCUGCUCCGAGUUCCUGCAGUGAAAAACUGCAAAAUGUGGUGAAAUCACAGAUCUGUUGGUGUGUUUCAGCUUUUGUAGACUGAUUUUCUGAUCACAAAUAAUUAUUCAGCAGCGAAGAAGACACUCUCUGUCUCAGUGUAAUGACUGCUUAUGGACAUUUUCACUAUUAAAGAAAUAAACCAAAUUGUUGGAGAAGA